CCUGCUAAGCGUAACAUGUACCGCCCCCUCUCUCCCCUUCGCGCAGACUGGAGCUUCCAGCUAGUGUGAUUGGACUAUAGUCAGCAGCCGAGUUUUAUGCCAAACUAGUGGGAAGCGCAGAUUACUCAGAAAACACUCUGAUUAUUCAACUUAUGUCAUUUGACGACUCUAAAAAAGUGUUGGGUGUUGAAGACCAUGCAUCGACAACUGUCAAAUAUCGUAAGGGCUUCUUUAAGAUCAUGUUACUGUCAUCAAUUUCUUAUGGAAGCACCCCAGCUGCCUGCAGCUGACACAAGUUCGCGAAGCAGGAAACUGUCUACCACCCCUCCACAGAAGGAGGGGUGGCUGAGCAGUAAAAUGAUGGAAACACGACAGCGUUUUGGUAUGGCAGAAAAACCUAAAUCAUAUUACCGUUUGAAAGGUUUGGAACUAUUUCGUGGUGUGGAAUCAGUUGACUGGAAAGAAUAUUUCAGAGUCUUUAAUAUGCCAGACACAUUUCAUUCGUGGUUUCUGGUAAUAGAAUUACACAUGUGGAUGCUCAAUGUCCGUAUAAAUAAUGAAGGUGGAGCAGGAGAUCACUUAAAAAGAUUUUCUUUAGAAAGUAUGUGGGAUGCAUCUAAAAUACGUGCUAAGAACCUGGAGUCAUAUUCAUCAUCAUCUUUAAGAGAAAGUUUUGAUGAUCUCUAUGAAGAAUUAAUGGCUGCAUUUUUAAUGUAUGACCUUGGACUUCUUGGUUCUGAUGUUGAUUUGGCAAAUGCUCUGUGGUAUCGCUUUCUUCAAGAAAAAUGCGAUGAUCCCGAAAAACUUGAGCUAUUAGUUCGCCACAUAAGAAAACAGAUUGAUCUUCUUGAGAAAUUAAGUAAAGAAGAAUUCAUAGAUAAAACAGGUGUAACGUGGCUGCCUCUUAGUUCAAAAUAAGUCUAUGAAGGAAGGAGUACAUGCAUUGUGUAUUCAUAUUCCUUGUCUGCGGUAGUAUUGUAAAAAUUCAUGUCCUUUGAGUUUAUUAAAAUAAGUACAAACAAGUAAGUUUUAAAAA